GGCGGGGAGAAGGGUGCUCAGUUUUUUCCACUCUUUUUUCGCCGUUUUGUGGGAGACCUGUUUUGCUGUCGUCUGUGAGCUGAUUUUUCUUUAAUUACCAGUACACCAGGCACUGUAGAAUGGCUGAGUCUCCUGAGUAUCAGCAUUACGGUGGCGCCUUGGUGGAGAAGGUGGCGGAAAGGAUGCAGAGGUCACUGACGGUGGACUCGGACGAAACAGAGAAGUACCAUGGGUAUAUUAAAGAAGGCAAACAAGCUGCCCGACAAGGUGACAUGGCAAAAUCCCUAGAAUUUUUCAAGCUGGCACAUCAAAUUCAUCCAAGUGAGAAACUUAAAAGCAGAAUUAAGAUGAUUCAGCAGGCUGUAGAAGAAAUAGAGCAACAGACAUCGGAGAGUGAGGAUGAGGAAUUUGUUAAUGUGAACAACAGUGGCUUGAUGCUUUUCAAAGAACUGCAUGAAAAGCUGUAUGAACACCAAAAAGAAGGAAUAGCUUUUCUGUACGGACUGCACAGGGAUGGCAGAAAGGGAGGCAUUUUAGCUGAUGACAUGGGAUUAGGGAAAACAAUUCAGAUAAUUGGAUUUCUUUCUGGAAUGUAUGAUGCUGAAUUAAUUAAACACACCCUUCUUGUAAUGCCUACUUCUCUAAUUGGGAACUGGACAAAGGAAUUUGCAAAGUGGACCCCAGGCAUGAGGGUUAAGGAGUUCCAUGGCAGUAGUAAAACGGAGCGCAACAGAAAUCUAGAGAAGAUUCAACGACGAGGUGGUGUCGUCAUUACCACCUACCAGAUGCUGAUCAACAACUGGGAUCUUCUGUCCUCUUACAAUGGCCAGGAGUUUAAAUGGGAUUAUGUUAUCCUAGAUGAGGCACACAAAAUCAAAACAUCCUCCACAAAAACUUCUAAAAGUGCACAUGCCAUACCAGCAAAACAUCGCAUUUUACUUACUGGCACUCCUGUGCAGAACAACUUGAGGGAGAUGUGGGCAUUGUUUGACUUUGCAUGCCAAGGGUCCCUACUUGGUACAUCCAAGACCUUUAAGGCUGAGUAUGAAAACCCCAUUACUCGAGCUAGGGAGAAGGAUGCAACACCAGGUGAGAGAGCUCUGGGUCUUAAGAUUUCCGAAAAUCUGAUGAGCAUCAUAAGUCCGUACUUCUUACGAAGAACAAAGCAGGAGGUUCAAAAUAAAAAAGAAACGGAAAAUGUCAACAGUGGUAAUUCUAAUUUGGAGGAUAAGGAGAAUAGAAAUCCAAAUUCCGGUGAUGUGGAAAUGCCAUCUCUCACAAGGAAAAAUGACUUCAUUGUGUGGACAUAUCUGAGUGCUGUCCAGGAGGACAUCUACAACCAGUUUAUAUCCCUGGAUCAUAUAAAGGAACUACUCAUGACGACCCGCUCACCACUAGCACAAUUGAACAUUCUGAAAAAGUUGUGUGAUCAUCCAAGACUUUUGUCAGCCAGAGCUGUUGCUCAGUUAGGAUUACAAGAGGGGAUUAUCCCUGAUCAGGAAAAUGAUGAUGAAAAUGAAUCUGCAGCUUGCAGAAUUGACAACAUAUCAGAUGAAAUCCUGGUGUCAGAAUCUGGUAAAUUGACAUUUCUUGUGGCCCUUUUAGAAAGGCUUCGAGAAGAAGGCUGUCGCACACUUGUGUUCUCUCAGUCAAGGAAGAUGUUGGACAUCAUUGACAGAGUAUUGGUUAACAGAGGUUUCAAGAUUCUAAGGAUUGAUGGCACUGUAAUUCAUCUGCAAGAAAGAGAGAGACGCAUUGAUCUUUUCCAGAAAAAAAAAGACUAUUCAGUGUUUCUUCUUACUACACAGGUGGGAGGUGUUGGGCUCACUCUAACUGCAGCAAACAGAGUGGUGAUUUUUGACCCUAGCUGGAAUCCAGCCACAGAUGCCCAGGCUGUAGACAGAGCUUAUCGAAUUGGGCAGAAGGAAAAUGUUGUGAUUUAUAGGUUGAUCACUUGUGCAACUGUAGAGGAAAAGAUAUAUAGACGUCAGGUGUUCAAAGACUCCUUGAUAAGACAAACUACAGGAGAUAAAAAGAACCCAUUCCGCUAUUUCAGUCAGCAGGAGCUUAAAGAGUUGUUUAAACUUGAAAAUACCCGGUCGUCAUCUACACAACUCCAGUUGCAAUCCAUGCAUUCCAAGCACAGGCGCACAGAUCCUGAGCUAGAUGAACAUCUUGCUUACCUGCACACCAUGGAGAUGUUUGGCAUCUCUGACCAUGACCUCAUGUUUUCCCAAGAUACAGCAUUACAUGAAGAUUGCCCUGAAGAUGAGGAGUCUCAUGUAUAUAUAGAAAAUCGGGUGCAGAAAGCUCACGAGCUCAUGAAAGCUGAAUCAGAGCUGCACAAGCAAUUUGUAGACAACAUUGCCACAAGCACAGAGCCUGCACAUCUUCGAAAAUCAGACCCCUCAAGAACUCAUGGAAAACCUGUCAAGGCAGAGCUUACCUUCCCGGUUGUUAUCUCCAGUAGUGAAAAUGAAGGCUGUUCUUCAGUGGUGGACCUCACCCAGUCAAUCUCUGACAAUGAGGAGCACGCCCAAAAUAUCAGCCCUAAAACAACCUUUAUGAAAGUAGAGCCCACCUCCCCUACUGUUGGUACCUCAACCUUAAACUUCUCCCAUACUGGUUCUAACACUGAGGAGCAGGUCCAAAAUGUGAGCAUGAAGUUAACUGAUCUUGUUCUUAUUGAUGACAAUGCUGAAGAGGACUCUGCCGAACUUAAAGUGACAAAAGAGGGUGAAAUUACGAAGAAAAAUAGCACUAGCUCUUUUAAUCAAUCUCUUGGAACAUCUACAGAUAAGAUUAACGUAUUUGACACUUCGGUUCAGGAAGUUGAGAACAGCAUGUCAUUUUCCAUUGUCCAUGAGGAUGCUCAUGAAAAAGAUAAAGAGGAUGCAGUUGCUGAUUUCAGAAAUAAAUUCAGUUCUGCUAAUUUGGAAAGUAUUGAGGAACCUCCAAAACCUCAGAGUCUCUCUCUUUGUGAUAGCCCAACAAUGGACGAAAGGGUUCCACUUGUUAAAUCUGUGAAUUUAAGAUUAUCAGGCCUUCAAAAAUUAGACUAUGAACUUGACUGCUUUGCUGAUGAGUCCUUGAAAAGCGAUUCCAACGCUGAAUCUCUCCAGGGUAACUUCAAUUUGCAGCUGGAAGACAGUGACUAUGGUGAGUGCCCUGAAAAUAAAGCUUCUGCCCUAGAUGAGACAGGCCAUGGCAUCCACCUACAGGGGGAAACCAGCCUUGAAGAAAAAGGGCAAUCCCCUGUGGGAAGUGUUAAGUAUGAUGCCAGUGUUUCUUCAGUGAAAGAAAUGAGUGCUAGUUGCACGAGUAAUGACCACAUGGCACAGGAGCUGUCUUUCAUUUAUUCUGUUCAUAACAAGAAAAAAGCUCAAGUAAUUUAUGAUAGUGAUGACAAUGGCAUUGGUGAGGGAGAAGAUCAGAAAGUUAAUCUUAGUACCUACUCAGGGGAAUGUCAGUCCUCUGUGAAAAAUGUUGGUGAGCAACAAGACAUCAGUUUGUCCCCAGUGAAUGACACAAGUGUUAGCUUGAAUAACGAACAAUCAGCAGAGGAAGUGUCCUUUAUUUGUUCUGUUCGUAAAAAGAGAACAGCCCAGGUAAUUUCUGAUAGCGACAAUAAUGACAGUACUAUGGAUAAGAAAGAGGAUAAUGAAGUUGUGGUCAGCAGUGCAUUUAUAGAACCAUUUGAACAAGAGGGGCCCUCCACUCCAAGGCAUGAAAGAAUUUUAGCAUGUUCUACACCUAACAGAAAAAGCUUUGGUGGAAAUACAUCUGUUGCAUCGCGGAGGUCUUUCAUAGAUGCUGUGAUGGAUGAUGUGGAAGACCUGGAUGAGGAGUUGGAGGAGGAGCAGGCCUCGGAUUACUCCACCAGUGAGGCUGAGAUGAUGGGCUCAACAAGAGAGUCUGUAAUGGAAGAGGAAGAACCUAGUGGUGAGACACUGAACACAGACAAUGAGGCAGAAGAGAACGGAAGUGAGCUACAUUCAACAGAGUCUGAGGUUGACGAAGUUGAAAGUGUGCUAGAGGAAUCGACUGGUGAUGUUGAGCUAGCAUCGGAUGAGAUGAUGGAGCAAUGCACUCGGGAAUAUGAGCCAUCACAAAGCACCAGAGGCAACCCCACAGUUAUUAGCAGAAUGCUGUAUUCACAGGAGAAAGAUUACGAGAACUUUGUGAAAAGAGGGAAGGAAUACUACUCAGAAGGGAAGCUUAAAGAGGCUUUGGAAUUCUUUAUUAAAGCUCUUGACAUUAAAAGUGGGGAUCCUCAAAUUCAGCUAAUGACUAUACAGCUUUACCGCCAACUCAGCCAGAAUUAAUUGUAGUUCACUGGUAACAAAAGUUUGUAAGAAUCUGCACUUUUCUGCUUUUUUUGUAUUUAAAUGUUCUUAAGCUGUUUGAGCUGCCAUUUGAAAGUAUGUUAACAUGUUCCUUGCUAUACACUAGA